AUUUCGGAUAUAUAUUUUGAGUAAUUCUAGCUCCUAAGUUCACCUAGACUCCGUCCUUAAUUCUAACAAGUGGUAUCAGAGCUGUAUUAAGGACGUUGAGAGGAGUCUACAGAAGUGUGAAGACCCUUCUAGACCCACCAUGGCCUGUGGGUGUGCCUAAGUGGUGUUCUAAAGGUUGGAUGUGUCUUCCGCUAAGGGAAACUCUGCCGAAAUUUCGUGGACGCCGACACUUGUGAAAAUAUCGAGGGAGCUGAGUGUGGACAGCAAAGGGGGGCUGAAAUUCGUCAUUUCUCAAGGAGAAGAUGAAUGAGAGAGGAGGAGAUGCUAAUGGAAGAGGAGCUGUAGCUGAGAAGACAAGUGAACCGCCGCCAUCAAAAGUUGAAGCUUUGGAUGGCUCCAACUAUGAGGAAUGGAGCGGACGGAUGAGAAGUGCCUUCAAACGCUACAAGCUACUGAAGAUUGCUGUUGGGGAAGAGAAGAUGCCGGAAGAAGGCGAAGCACGUGAACGGUGGAUUGAGAAAAGCACGGUGCUUUUCGACCUCAUCCUUCAAUCGGUCAACAAGGAGAUGUUCGAGCACAUCAAGGAUCUUGUGGAAGCGGAUGAUUCGGGUCCAAGGGCGUGGAAACUACUACGCGAUGUGAUUCAGCCCAACACUCUCCUGAUGGUGAUCGUGCUCGAGAAGGAACUUGCUGCCAUCUCCAUGCGACCAGGGGACGAUGUGAAGCCGGUCCUUGACAAGAUCAAGGACACCUAUGCAAGGAUGGCAGCAGCGGGCAGCAGUGUAUCUCAGCUGCAGCAGUGCACCAAGAUCAUCUCGGUGUUGGACAACUCGUGGGAUAACCUCAUCCCCACCCUCAACUCUCAGCAAGAUCAAUGGACACCUGAGUGGCUAAGGCAGCAGAUUCUGCAGGAGGACUUCCGCAGACGCCAUGUGGGAGGCGGUGCUGCCACUAAGACUGCUGAGGGGUAUGGAGCUGCAGGGCGCGGCAGAGGAAGAGGGGGUUGGAAAGGCCGAGGCCGUGGGAGGAGCUUUGGCAGAGGUAGAGGCCGAGGUGACUAUAAUGAGGGGCAUGGGAGCUCUAGUGGCAGGGGGAGUACCAGAAUGGAGGGCACGUGCUGGUACUGCAAGAAGGUUGGGCAUCCUUGGUUCAAGUGCUUCAGCAGGCUGGAGGGAUGGGCACCUCCAGGCAUGAAGCCGCCCAGUGGUGAACGCGCACAAGGUGGCGCUGUGCAAGGCUCAGGUGCACAAGGUGAAGGUGCACAAGGUAAUGCCUAUCCUGGUUUGUUUGUUAUGGUUGAGGAUGUGCAUGGGCAUGAGGGUGAUGUGGGAUCUGUGGGAAAGGUUGUGAUGCACCCUCUCACGCACUGGGUGAUUGAUUCGGGUUGCACCAGUCACAUGACCCCACGGGCAGAUUUGCUUGAUGAGGUAAAACCCCCUGGGAAGAUCAAGUAUGUGGCAGCAGCGUCAGGUGCUUUGCUCCCUGUCAUUGGUGUUGGAAAUGCCAAGGUUAAGGGAGCUAAUGGGGAGCUUGUGGGGCUUGGGAAUGUUCUGCUGGUUAAAGGCUUGUCUGCUAACCUUCUCUCUGUGCGACGACUGCAGAAGAGCAAGGCCGAAGUGACCUUUGGACCAACCAGCUGCCGUGCUAAGCUUGGGAAGAAGGUGCUAUGGAGUCUGGAAGAGGAGACCAGUUGCAUCAAGGACCUGUGGCAGCUGCCCAUCAUCCCAUGGAAUGGGAAGACUCCAACAGCAGCAACGGCAGCAGCGGCAAAGGCAACAGCAGGAGGAGAUGCAACUGCACCAACUGAUGGGGUCCUGGAAGCAGUCAAGAAAGUGCAGCAGCAGCAGAGACAUGGUGAGGUGCUUGCUGGUGUGGAUGCGAGUGCGGCAUGGGCUAAGGCUUCAUCAAAGAGUGGAGAGGCCGAUUGGGAGACAUGGCAUGAGAGGCUGUGUCAUGUGAACUUCCCUAUGCUACAGAAGUUGGUAAAGGAUGGGAGCCUGAAAGGCUUGGAGGUGAAAGGGGGAGUGAAGGAGAUUGGGAGCUGCCCUACAUGCUUGGAGACCAAGUUCUCCAAGUUCCCCUUCAACAGCACUACAGGACCAGCCAAGACCCCACUUGCACUUGUGCACAUGGAUGUGGUGGGGCCCACAAGAGCCCCUUCCCUCUCAGGCAGCCGCUAUUUCUUGACAAUUGUGGAUGACCACACUCGAGCAGUGUGGGUUUACCCUUUGAACAGCAAGGGGGAGGUGGCAGCGGCUGUCCUUAAGGAGUGGAUGCCGAGAGCUCAGAGGGAAUGCGGACACAAGGUGAAGGUGAUCCGUAGUGACAAUGGUGGGGAGUUCAUUGGAGCUGAUUUUGAGGGGGAGUUGAAGAGGAAGGGGAUCCAGCAUCAACUGACAGUGCCCUACAACCCGCAGCAGAAUGGCGUGGCUGAGAGGUUCAACAGGACCCUGCAGGAGGGGGCACGCACUCUCCUUGGGCGUGCAGGGCUGCCUGAUCCGUUUUGGGUGUCUGCACUGAGGCAGGUCGCCCUUGUGAAGAAUAGGGUGCUGGCUACAGUUGGAGAUAAGGAGUGGAUCCCAUAUGCCAAGUGGUAUGGGAGUGCUCCAGCGGUGAACAUGCUGAGGGCAUUUGGGUGCAUGGUGGUGUUUCAUGUGCCCAAGGAGAAAAGGGGGAAGUUGGAGGCUUCUGGAAGAUGGGGUGUGCACUUGGGGAUUGCAAAGGAUCACAAGGGGUGGCUGCUAUGGGACCUGACCACCCAGAAGCUGACAGUGUCAAGGGAUGUGAAGUUUCUUGAGUCCCUGUACUAUAAGGAAUGGAAGCAGCAGCAACAGAAGCUUCCAUCUACACCACUCAUUGUGGAGGCAGAUGAGUUGCAGCAGCCUUCAAGACAGGUGGAGGUUGCAGUGUCAGAGGAGGAGAUGUCUGGGGUGACUGAGGAAGGGGGAGCAGCUGAGGUGGAGCAGCAGCAGCAGCAUGAAUCUCCACCUCGAGUUCCACACCCGCCUGAGCGUCCUAGGAGGGAUGUGCGCCCUCCAGUGAGGCUGACCUAUGGGGGAAGAGGCAAGCCGAAUGUGGUGCAGGCUGGGAGUGUGGUUGAGCAGAUUGAGGAAGAUGAGAUCGCUCACUGCUACUGGGCACCAAUCCCUGAGCCCAAGACUCGAGAAGAGGCCUUGAAUGGACCAAAUGGGGAGAAGUGGAAGGCGAGUGAGGAUGAGGAGUUUGGGUCCCUGAUUGAGAACGAGACAUGGGACCUGUGUGACUUGCCUCCUGGAAAGAAGGCAAUCACUUCCAAGAUGAUCUACAGGCACAAGUAUGGACCUGAAGGGGAGCUGACCCGAUACAAGUCUAGGCUUGUGGCAAGGGGGUUUCAGCAGACAAAAGGGAAGGACUAUGAUGAGGUGUUUGCUCCUGUGGGGAAAGGAACAACACUGAGGGUGCUGUUGGCGAUAGCUGCACUCCUGGGAUGGAAGAUACGGCAGAUGGACAUUGUGACUGCCUUUCUGAAUGGGAUCAUUCUGGAGGAGGUGUAUAUGAAGCAGCCAGAGGGGCUGGAUGAUGGGAGCGGCAGGGUCUGCAGGCUGAAGAAGGCCAUCUAUGGCCUUAAGCAGGCGCCUCGAGGUGGUGCUGUGAGCUGGCGCAGCAAGAAGCAGAAUGAGGUGGGAUUGUCCUCAUGUGAGACUGAGUACAUGGCCUUACACCAUGGGGCCAAGGAAGUAGUGUGGCUAAGGCGUUUGUUGGAGGAGUUGGGAGUUGGUCAGGAGGAGCCGACAGUUGUGUUCUGUGACAAUGAGUCUGCUGUGAAGCUCGCCAAGAAUGCUUGUUUGCAUGGGCUGACAAAACACAUAAGGCCUAAGUGGCACUGGGUGAGGAGACUCCUUGAUAAGGAGGUGCGGCUGGAGAUAGUGAAGACCCAUCAGCAGGCAGCAGAUAUUUUCACCAAGCGUCUGGCGGAGGCGGAUCAUUGGAAGGGCAUGAAGCUUGCUGGGAUGAGUGUGCAUUGAGUAUGCAUGCUUGAGAUGUUGGUAUGGUGGUUGAUGGUUGGCAGCCAGAGGG